ACACACACACACGCUUAAAGACAAGGAGAGAGAAAUACUGAGAAAGGCAGACAGAAGGAAAUCUCUUUAGGUCAGGGGUACUAUUUCUUAAUUGAUUGAAGAAAGUAAGACUAAGAGCUUUUUCAGUCUUGGGUUUUCUUUAGUUGCAUUUCCUUGCUGUGGGUAAGAAGAGGAAAGGGGAAUUGGAUAUUUCAUGUCUUCCUUUUUCUGAAAUACUGUAGUUUUUCAACACAUUAUUCAUUAUUCCUCACGCUCCCCACGGUCACAGACGAUAAGGACACAAUAAGAAGGUCAGAAAAUGAACAGCACCCUGUCAAACACUUCCAUCAAGUGCGUUCGGGACACCAGUGUGACAGCGGUGGUUUUCCCCUGUCUGUACAGCAUUCUCUUCGUAGUCGCCCUCAUACUAAACUCCCUGGCUGCAUGGAUCUUCUUCAACAUCCCCAGCUCCUCCACAUUUGUGGUCUUUCUGAAAAAUGUGGUGGUGGCUGACUUGCUGAUGACCCUGACCAUCCCUCUGAGAGUCUUAAGCGAUGCAGGUGUGGGUUCCUGGCGACUGCGCGCCUUCCACUGCCGAUACUCUGCCGUUCUCUUCUACAUCACCAUGUACAUCAGCAUCCUCUUGCUGGGUCUCAUCAGCCUGGAUCGCUACCUGAAGAUAGUCAGGCCCUUUGGGAAGUGUGCCCUGCAGCGAGUUCGUGUUGGUCAGAUCCUCAGUGCAGCCAUCUGGGUGGUCAUGUUGUCUUUAGCGUUACCCAACGUUAUUCUGAGUGACCAGCCGCCACGGGUCUCUGGAGGCAGACUGAAGUGCACCUCCAUGAAGAGCAAAGCUGGCAUGCUGUGGCAUGAAGGAUUCAACUACUUCUGUCAGGUGGUUUUCUGGGGCACGCUGGCCUUGAUGGUGGUUUGCUACACGUUCAUCAGCAAGAAGGUUUAUGAGUCAUACAAAGCCUCAAAGAGCAGAUCUCAAGCGGCCAGUCGCAGAACCAAAGCAAAGGUGUUUGUGGUGGUGGGGGUGUUUUUCAUCUGCUUUGCCCCCUUUCACUUUGCCCGCGUUCCUUACACUCUGACCCAAACUGGUAGCUUGGCGAGUCAUUGCCGGGCACAGAACGCUCUCUACAUCGCAAAGGAAACCACCCUGUGGCUGUCCGCCACUAAUGUGUGCCUGGACCCGCUUAUCUAUGUGUUCCUGUGUAAGGUGUUCAGGAGAAGACUGACAGCCACAAUCUGCCGUAAGCCACUCAACAAAGGUGGCACGGAGUCCACAGCAACAUCAACUCAACUGGAGAUGUCAAAGAUCGCCCAAAGUAACAGACUGUCGUAUAACGGGAUUCCACAAUAAGAUUCUGGACAAUGUACAAUGAAAAAUUAAUAACUGUAACUGUCAAGGCGUGACGAGACACUGCCUGGCAGGUUAUUUGACUUGUAAAUAGCAUUUUAUCUUGGUUGCAUAAAAUAUAAAAUUAAUGUAAGGUGAACAAAAUCAAAAACAAACAAAAAAUGGACAACGCUGUGACAGAAAAGAGUCAAACAUGUCUGGAGGUGGUAAUGAAGUUUCACACCACUGAUGACGACUCUUUCACACACAGUAUACUAACCAAGAACUUCGUGUUUGCUAAGUCAUCCAACAUGUUUCCUUAAUUGUGCUUACUGUCACUUUUCACUUCCUCCUCUUCUAAUCUCAUUCAAACUGCAAUUUCCCUUCAAAAAACUCUGGCGAAAGGGUAAACAUCUUGACAGCACAUAUUCUCCAAUGAUUGCACCACAGGCACAACGUCACUGCCGGGACCGUAUGAUAACCAAAUGAGGAAUACAAUAGACACUGCUUACAGCUGUAACUUCAUGCUAUAUAAAAGGCAUUAAUAAUAAUAAAGUUGUUAUUUUUCAUACUA